AAGACAACGGCGAGCACGGCUGCUGCACAACGGGCGAGUAGCAUCGCAACCACCAAAAUGCAGGCGCUCCUACUCCCAUCGCGGCUGCCGCCGCCGCUGCUCCGGCAGCGGGCGCUUCCCGCUGUUCCGUCGCUCGCCAGCCAUCCCCUCAACGGAGCUAUCCUCCCUACUGGGCGCCUCUGCUUCGGGGGCGGCGAAGCCGCUCCGCGGCGCCUCACUGCUGCGGCGGCGGCGGCGUCCUCGUCUUCGGCGGGCCCUCUCUUCCCGACGCCUCCCCCUACCGAGCAGACAAUUGAGCGUGCCAAGCUCGAGCAGGUUAUCAAGAGACUAGAGAAAACAGCAAGGUAUUUCAAGAACUUGGGUACCCUAGGGUUCUGGUCCCAGUUGGUGUGCACGUUUGUUUCUGCUGGAAUUUUGUCAUUCUCCACAGUUGUUACUGGGAAGGUUACAUCGCCCUUUACAUUCUACACAACUGCUGCUGGUGUUGCUGCAGCUUUUAUCUCAGUCUUCUGGUCAUUUGGUUACAUCCGUCUGUCUGAAAGACUACGGAAAACAGCAAGCGCACCCGCAAAGGCUCCUCCACGGGCUGAUGUGAUUAAAAGUCUGAAAAAUGGCAUUGUGCUCAAUAUUCUUGGGAUGGGCGCAGCUGUUCUCGGUAUGCAGGCACUUGUUGGUGCUUUGGUAGCAAAAGCCCUUACUACCUCUGCAGUCCCCUAUUAUCAGACAACUUCCGCUGGUCAAAGUCCUGUUUUGGCUCUAGAUGUAUUCCUGGUUCAGGCUUCAGCGAACACCAUACUGUCGCAUUUCCUAGGGCUGGCAACUUCCCUGGAGCUGCUCCGUUCCGUGUCAAUCCCCCCGACGGAACCUGCUGCAACAUGAGCCAAGAGCUGCCAGACUCCUUUACUUCGCACUCGUUUUCCUUUUUUCCUUUGACUGUGCCUAGGAAUAGCAUCUUGUGUGCGCCUCUAUGCUUUAACAUUUUGGCUUGAAUGAGAACCCUGUGGCCUUGUAAAAUAAUUUCUUCUGAUCGAA